GCUGGAGGGCUCACCUGCGACAGGUGCUCCCGGCUGCCCUGGACAAGCGAGCGCGGGCGGGGAAGAUGCUGCGCGAGCGGACCGUGCGGCUCCAGUACGGGAGCCGCGUCGAGGCGGUGUACGUGCUGGGCUCCUACAUCUGGACCGAUGUCUACAGCGCGGCCCCGGCCGAGGCCCAAACCUUCAGCCUGAAGCACACAGAGCGCGUGCGCGUGGAGGUGGUGCGGGACGGGGAGGCCGAGGAAGUGGCCACCAACGGCAAACGGCGCUGGCGUCUCUCGCCCACCACCACGCUGCGGCUCACCAUGAGCCAGGCGAGCACCGAGGCCAGCAGCGACAAGGUCACCGUCAACUACUAUGACGAGGAGGGGAGCGUUCCCAUCGACCAGGCUGGGCUCUUCCUCACGGCCAUUGAGAUCUCCCUGGAUGUAGACGCAGACCGGGAUGGCGUGGUGGAGAAGAACAACCCAAAGAAGGCGUCCUGGACCUGGGGGCCCGAGGGCCAGGGGGCCAUCCUGCUGGUGAACUGUGACCGAGACACGCCCUGGUUGCCCAAGGAGGACUACAGCGAUGAGAAGGUCUACAGCAGGGAAGACCUCAAGGACAUGUCCCAGAUGAUCCUGCGGACCAAGGGCCCCGACCGCCUCCCCGCUGGAUACGAGAUAGUUCUCUACAUUUCCAUGUCGGACUCGGACAAAGUGGGCGUGUUCUACGUGGAGAACCCGUUCUUCGGCCAGCGCUACAUCCACAUCCUGGGCCGGCGGAAGCUCUACCACGUGGUCAAGUACACGGGCGGCUCCGCGGAGCUGCUGUUCUUCGUGGAAGGCCUCCGCUUCCCCGACGAGGGCUUCUCGGGCCUGGUCUCCAUCCACGUCAGCCUGCUGGAAUAUAUGGCCCAGGAGAUUCCACUGACACCCAUCUUCACGGACACCGUGAUGUUCCGGAUUGCACCGUGGAUCAUGACCCCCAACAUCCUGCCUCCCGUGUCGGUGUACGUGUGCUGCAUGAAGGACAAUUACCUGUUCCUGAAAGAGGUGAAGAACCUGGUGGAGAAAACCAACUGCGAGCUGAAGGUCUGCUUCCAGUACAUAAACCGGGGCGACCGCUGGAUCCAGGAUGAAAUUGAGUUUGGCUACAUCGAGGCCCCCCACAAAGGCUUCCCCGUGGUGCUGGACUCCCCCCGAGAUGGAAACCUGAAGGAUUUCCCCGUGAAGCAGCUCCUGGGCCCAGAUUUCGGCUAUGUGACCCGGGAGCCGCUCUUUGAGCCUGUCACCAGCCUUGAUUCCUUUGGGAACCUGGAGGUCAGUCCCCCUGUGACUGUGAACGGCAAGACAUACCCGCUUGGCCGGAUCCUCAUCGGAAGCAGCUUUCCUCUGUCUGGCGGGCGGCGGAUGACCCAGGUGGUGCGCGACUUCCUGCAGGCCCAGCAGGUGCAGGCGCCCGUGGAGCUCUACUCAGACUGGCUGACCGUGGGCCAUGUGGACGAGUUCAUGACCUUCGUCCCCAUCCCAGGCACAAAGCAAUUUCGGCUGCUCAUGGCCAGCACCCCCACGGUCAUCCCCUUGUCCCCCACCCAGCGCUGCUUGGACUGGAACCGCGACAUCCUCAAGAAGGAGCUGGGACUGACGGAGGAUGACAUCAUUGACCUGCCCGCUCUGUUCAAGAUGGACGAGGGCCGCCAGGCCAGAGCCUUCUUCCCAAACAUGGUGAACAUGAUCGUACUGGACAAGGACCUGGGCAUCCCCAAGCCGUUCGGGCCCCAGGUUGAGGACGUGUGCUGCCUGGAGACACACGUGCGCGCCCUGCUGGAGCCCCUGGGCCUCUACUGCACCUUCAUCGACGACAUCUCGGCCUACCACAAGUUUCUGGGGGAAGUCCACUGCGGCACCAACGUGCGCAGGAAGCCCUUCGCCUUCAAGUGGUGGCACAUGGUGCCGUGACCUGC